CCCUUCUCUUUUCUACUUACGUGGAAUUCCAUGUGGUUUAGAUUCUGAGGCGACUAAGUGUCCAAACCCACUUUCCUAUAUCCCCAAAUUCUAUACAGGCAGUACUGAUCAUAUGACAUUUAAUCAACGAGUAAAUAAUUUUUUAAUUGGCUCAUUUCAGUUCAUGGUGUGUUACUUUGUUUACUCACCAUUUGAAGUUUUGAUCAAGGAAUUCCUCCAUCAAGAUAUGACAGUACUGGAGCUAUAUAGCCAAGCUUCAAUUUGGCUUCUUCGCUAUGACUUCGUAUUUGAAUAUCCAAGGCCUAUCAUGCCAAAUAUGAUUUUCAUUGGAGGUAUAAAUUGUGCAAAGGAGAAUCCAUUAACACAGGAGUUUGAAAGCAUAUUGGAGAAAUCUGGUGAAGAUGGAGUUGUGGUGUUUUCUCUGGGAUCAAUGCUUUCUGAAAUUCAAAUGAAAAAAGCCAUGGAAAUUGCUGAAGGAUUGGGAACAAUACCACAGACAGUGUUGUGGAGAUAUACCGGUGAAGCUCCAAUCAAUCUUGCCAAUAAUACAAAGCUAUUUAAUUGGCUUCCACAGAAUGAUCUACUUGCUCAUUCAAAAACCAGAGCUUUUAUCACACAUGCGGGUUCCCAUGGGAUCUAUGAGGGGAUUUGCCAUGGAGUACCAAUGGUAUUAAUACCACUUUUUGGAGAUCAAGCAGACAACGCAGUGCGGAUAGAGUCUCGAGGAGCAGGAGUAAAGCUGGAUGCAGUUAAAAUGACAUCAAAGGACUUGUCCAACGCAUUGAGGACUGUUAUUUAUGAUAAAAGGGAAAACAUGGCUCAGGGGCUAGGACAUUGAGCUUGUCAAUCGAAAGGUCGGCAGCUCAGCGGUUCGAAUCCCUAGUGCUGCCAUGUAACAGGGUGAGCUCCCGUUACUUGUCC